GAAGUCCACUGCCGAGUUGCCGACUCACCGACUCCCCUCGCAAGUCGCAAUCUCCACUCUCCAGAGUCCAAACUCCACUCCUCACCGAUGAUGGCCUCGCAAGCGAUGGUACCGCUGCGGCAGCUCUUUGUCGACGGCGAGUGGCGCCCGCCCGCGCAGGGCCGCCGCCUCCCCGUCGUCAACCCUACCACUGAGGCUCACAUCGGCGAGAUCCCGGCGGGCACGGCGGAGGACGUGGACGCCGCGGUGGCGGCGGCGCGCGCGGCGCUCAAGAGGAACCGCGGCCGCGAUUGGGCGCGCGCGCCGGGGGCCGUUCGGGCCAAGUACCUCCGCGCCAUCGCCGCCAAGGUAAUUGAGAGGAAACAAGAGCUAGCUAAGCUAGAGGCACUUGAUUGUGGGAAGCCUUAUGAUGAAGCUGCAUGGGACAUGGAUGAUGUUGCUGGGUGCUUUGAGUACUUCGCAGAUCAGGCAGAAGCUUUGGACAAAAGACAAAAUUCCCCAGUUUCUCUUCCGAUGGAAACUUUUAAAUGCCAUCUCCGAAGAGAGCCUAUUGGGGUAGUUGGGCUGAUAACUCCUUGGAACUAUCCUCUCCUGAUGGCUACAUGGAAGGUAGCUCCUGCUCUGGCUGCUGGUUGUGCAGCUGUGCUAAAGCCAUCUGAAUUGGCUUCUGUGACUUGCUUAGAGCUUGCUGAUAUCUGUAAAGAAGUCGGUCUUCCUCCCGGUGUCUUAAACAUUGUGACAGGAUUAGGUCCUGAUGCUGGUGCUCCUUUGUCAGCACACCCAGAUGUUGACAAGGUCGCUUUUACUGGGAGUUUUGAAACUGGUAAGAAGAUUAUGGCGGCUGCAGCUCCUAUGGUUAAGCCUGUUACACUGGAACUUGGUGGAAAAAGUCCUAUAGUAGUAUUUGAUGAUGUUGACAUUGACAAAGCUGUUGAGUGGACUCUGUUUGGGUGCUUUUGGACCAAUGGUCAGAUUUGCAGCGCAACAUCUCGUCUUCUUGUCCAUACAAAAAUUGCUAAAGAAUUUAAUGAGAAGAUGGUUGCAUGGGCCAAGAAUAUUAAGGUUUCUGAUCCGCUUGAAGAGGGUUGCAGACUUGGGCCAGUUGUUAGUGAAGGGCAGUAUGAGAAGAUUAAAAAGUUCAUAUUGAAUGCCAAAAGCGAAGGUGCUACUAUUCUGACUGGAGGUGUUAGACCUGCGCAUCUUGAGAAGGGGUUCUUUAUUGAACCAACAAUCAUUACUGAUAUCACCACAUCAAUGGAAAUUUGGAGGGAGGAAGUCUUCGGUCCAGUCCUGUGUGUUAAAGAAUUUAGCACUGAAGAUGAAGCCAUUGAACUGGCCAAUGAUACACAGUAUGGUUUAGCUGGUGCUGUAAUUUCUGGUGAUCGUGAGCGCUGCCAGAGAUUAUCUGAGGAGAUUGAUGCUGGAAUUAUCUGGGUAAACUGCUCACAGCCCUGCUUCUGCCAGGCUCCCUGGGGCGGUAACAAGCGUAGUGGAUUUGGACGUGAGCUUGGAGAAGGGGGCAUUGAUAACUACCUGAGCGUCAAGCAAGUCACGGAGUACAUCUCUGAUGAGCCGUGGGGAUGGUAUCGAUCCCCCUCCAAGCUGUAAACUGGCAUGAAAUUUUGUUUGUUCCAUUAGAAUAAAUAUAUCUCGAUGCUAUACAGAACGAACCCGUGUAUCAAAUGGAGUAUGACAUUGUGAAAAAGGCACAUCAGCGGAACAAAUGUCAGAGUUGACAAUUCCCUCUAAUGCAAAUAGUUAACUCGCCCUUGA